AUGAGCCCAACCACAUUGCAAAUACGUGACCAACAACCUCAUAUUGAAGGAAGUAUGAACCCAACCACAUUGCAACUACGUGACCAACAACCUCAUAUUGAAGGAAGUAUAGGCCCAACCACAUUGCAACUACGUGACCAACAACCUCAUAUUGAAGGAAAUAGGCCCAAAGCAUUGCAACUACGUGACCAACAACCUCAUAUUGAAGGAAGUAUGAGCCCAACCACAUUGCAACUACGUGACCAACAACCUCAUAUUGAAGGAAGUAUGAGCCCAACCACAUUGCAACUUCGUGACCAACAACCUCAUAUUGAAGGAAGUAUGAGCCCAACCACAUUGCAACUACGUGACCAACAACCUCAUAUUGAAGGGAAGUAUGAACCACAUUGCCCAACCACAUUGCAACUACGUGACCAACAACCUCAUAUUGAAGGAAGUAUGAGCCCAACCACAUUGCAACUACGUGACCAACAACCUCAUAUUGAAGAAAAUAUGAGCCCAAGCAUAACUACGGCCCAACCACAUUGCAACUACGUGACCAACAACCUCAUAUUGAAAGAAAGUAUGAUUCCAACCACAUUGCAACUACAUAUUGGAAGUAUGAGCCCAACCAUUAUGAGGCAACCACAUUGCAACUACGUGACCAACAACCUCAUAUUGAAGGAAAUAUGA